CCGGGGUCGUUGAGCCUAGCAGGGCGUGCCUUCCAGCUCCGCUGCUACAGGGAUACCAAGAUGGAAAUCCAGGGGCUUGGUGAUGCCCAAAACACUCAGUGUCAACAUGGCGUCCUACACAACACCACUUCAUCCGCCAUCGGGCCGACAUCAGGGCUGUCGCCUCCUCUCAUUCCCACCAGAGAUGAAGCAGACAGACCUCGGAGUGAGAGCAGCACCGGGCCGAGGACAGCACCGUUUCGCCUGCUGGUGGAAAACAGCAGCAAUGUCGCUUCUUUUCCGCCCGUCUGCAGAACGACCGACGCCGCUCUGGACGACAGGACGUCGGCGGGGCUUCAUAACAUAAACCCGGACAGAGACAGCGAGCUGAGUUCGCUGCUCGGUUCGAGUGAGUUCGGCAGGACGGGCUGGAGGUACGUGGAAGGCGGGGAGUCUGUCAUGGCGCUGCCGCUGUUCGAAGGGGAAGAGGAACUGACGCCGCAGCGGCAGCUAGCCUUAGCUUCCCCGCCUUCACGGCGGCAGCAGCCGCUGGUGGACCGCCUCAAGCCGGGCAGCAGAACCAGCACGGCCGGGAAACAAACACCCGAUUUAUACCUCGUGUUUAACUCUCUCCAAGAGCAUGGAGCCGCCGAGGCGAGGACCGGUCCUCCGGAUGACUCCUGUGAGAAGAAGCGGGGAGUGAGAGGAGAGGGGGAAGCCCAGAGCUCCGAGGAGACCAGUCAGACCAGUCCCAUGGAGACAGGAGACACCCGUGAGCCGGCCGACAACCAGAGAGCUCUGCAGACACUAAAGACUGCACACCCGGUCUUCAGUUUGUCAUCCAGCAGUCCAGCUGUGAGUCAGAACAGUUCGGCUGCGUGUCAGAACAGUUCGGCUGCGUGUCCGAACAGUUCGGCUGCAUGUCCGAACAGUUCGGCUGCGGGUCAGAACAGUUCGGCUGCGUGUCAGAACAGUUCGGCUGCGUGUCCGAACAGUUCGGCUGCAUGUCCGAACAGUUCGGCUGCGGGUCAGAACAGUUCGGCUGCGGGUCAGAACAGUUCGGCUGCGUGUCCGAACAGUUCGGCUGCAUGUCCGAACAGUUCGGCUGCGGGUCAGAACAGUUCGGCUGCGGGUCAGAACAGUUCGGCUGCGGGUCAGAACAGUCCGGCUGCGGGUCAGAACAGUUCGGCUGCGGGUCAGAACAGUUCGGCUGCGAGUCAGAACAGUUCGGCUGUGAGUCAGAACAGUUCGGCUGCGGGUCAGAACAGUUCGGCUGCGGGUCAGAACAAGCAGGCCUGUCACCACACGGUGGAAGAUGUGGUUCUGACAAACAAAUAUGGCGACCGGCUCUGCGGUCAGAUCUGCACCCAGAACAGCGAGGGGAAGCUGCAGCUGCGGGACACCUGCGCUGACGACAGCACUGAGACUGUAAGCACCGACAAACCAGAACAAAUCUCCAACUCAAAGAGGCCGGAGGACCGAACAAGUCCAGUCACGGCCUCCCCCAGUCUGCCCGCCAGUGAGACCUUUACUGGAACCAUCACCAUAAACAACCAAAGCAUCAUAGUGACCAUUGAGAACGGCAUCCUGACCCUCGCUGCCCCACCUGAGGGCUAUGUCCACAAGGAGGACGGCAUGGUCAGCCUGAAGGAGCACCUGGGGAUGAAAGACCAUGAAGACAUUGUCCUGCUGAACUAUGACAGCGGCACCAAGUCCAUAGGGAAGAUCAGCACCCUGGCAGUGGCCAGUCCAAAGCACCAGGACGAGUCCAGACCCGGUCUGUCUGUCAGCGACUCUGAGCUGGCUCUGGUGGAUGACUGCUCCUUCUCAGAACUCAGCACCUCACUACAUUCCUGUCCCAGUAAGGAGGACGGGGAGGCGCUGUGUGCUUUAACAGAACCGGACCUGGUGUCGCCCUCGCCCAGAACCACCGUGGCGGGCUGUGACAGCGAGGACCGAAGCUCUCUGCGGCUCAGCAGGCCCAAGAAAGGCGCCGCGGCCUCUUUCCUGUGUCCAGAACCUGGCUGCUCCUGCACGUUUGAGUCCCGUCAGAAGCUGAAGGUCCACCUCCUGAACCACACGGAGGACCCUCGGCCGUACCAGUGCAGCGUGGAGGGCUGCGGCUGGGCCUUCGCCACCUCCUACAAGCUGAAGCGCCACCUCCAGUCCCACGACAAGCAGCGGCCUCACGCCUGCCAGUUCGAAGGCUGCGGGCGGCGCUUCACCACGGUCUACAACCUGAAGGCGCACCUGAAGGUCCACGAGCAGGACAGUGCCUUCGUCUGCGACAUCUGCAACGAGAAGUUUCGCAGCAGCACGCGCCUCACCAACCAUCAGAGGGUUCAUUUUGAGCCGCAGAGACCCCACAAGUGUGAAUUCCCAGGCUGUGAGAAGACCUUCAUCACCUUCAGUGCCUUGUUCUCCCACAACCGCACCCACUUCAGAGAAACGGGACACUUCGCAUGCACUUACCCAGGCUGCCACAAGACGUACGACAAGGCCUGUCGCCUCAAAAUACACAUGAGGAGUCACACGGGUGAAAGACCUUUUGUGUGUGACUCUGAAGGCUGUGGCUGGUCUUUUACCAGUAUGUCCAAAUUACUGCGUCAUAAACGGAAACAUGAAGAUGACCGUCGAUUUGUCUGCACAGAGGAGGGAUGUGGGAAGUCCUUCACCAGGGCCGAGCACCUUAAAGGACACAGCAUCACUCACUUGGGCACCAGGCCCUUUCAGUGCCACGCUGAAGGUUGUAAUGCAAAGUUUUCAGCACGCAGCAGCUUGUACAUUCACUCCAAGAAGCAUAAACAGGAUUCCAACACCCUGAGGACCCGCUGUCCUGUGGCCAACUGCUCCAAGCACUUCUUGUCCCGCAGCAGCCUGAAGAGCCACAUGGUCAAACAUCACCACCUCAGUGCUGAUGUUUUAUGCCAAAUGGAGACCACCCCGACCCUGACUCCCAGCAGUGAGCUGGUCAGCUCCACUCCAGCCUCAGUUGCUGGCUCUGGUGUGGCUGUGGGGGACCAGCUGACCAACCUGGACCUGGCCUCUCUGUUCUCCUCUGUGCCUGGAGGCAGUGUGCCCUCUGCUGGCCUCGGAGUGGGAAUCCCUGUGGCUGGAAGCAACUCUUCCAGCUCCUUCACGAUGGACUUGUCUCUGGUCAGCUCAGGCAUUCUUACUAUUGACCCCUCCUCAGGGGGCACCACACUCGUUACCAGUUCCAACACAACCUUGGCCAAGGCUUUGGACCCACUCAUCAUGGCGACCAGUGCUGACAUCAUCCAUCAACAUGGUCUGGAACGAGCAGUGGGUGAAGUCCUCCCCCCGCAGGGCUCUCUUAAUCUGGAUGACGUGCAGACGAUUACUCCAGAGGCCCUCGGAACCCUGACGGCUCUAACGAUACAAGGUGGGAGUGCCUCUGUGGAUCCUGGUCUGCAGCACCCUCUCAGUUCUUCUAGUUGCCUGAGUAUGGAGUCCUCAGCCUCCCUUGCUGUGGCCCCGGUCCCAGAACUGCUGGCUUCACCCUCCAAGGUGGUGGAGGUGGGCGUCCAGGGAGGCGCAGGGCCUCUGCUGGGCUGUGUGGAGGUGCUGGCUCCUCAGGAGGGUGGGAAAGUCCUCACUCAGUUUGUUUUUCCAAGUCCCAGCAGCAGCUUCAGCCCACAGAAGGACCCAGAACUGGCUGUGUCACCCAGCAGCUUCCUGGGGGGUGGAGGCUCAGCCAGGACAGACUACAGAGCCAUCCAGCUGGUCAAGAAGAAGAAGCAGAGGGGUUCCUCGGCUCCAUCUGGAACAGUGAGCCAGAGAAAAACUAAAGGAUCCAAGGUCGCUUCAGCACCAGUAGCCCUUCCUUCGUCUGGUGCUCGGUACAGUGAUGGAGCCGAAGCAGCAGGUGGGGGGUUGACUUGGCGGGACCCUGUCACCGGGGCCCAAUAUGUCCAGGUGCAGAUGCUGCAGGACGAUCCAGCUACUGAUGGAGACCUGGCAUUCCAGCUGAGCUCCCAGCCCUCCAGUUCUCACUCUCAGCUCAUUGUCGACCUUCCAGUCAACAUUUUACAGGACACUUCAGUGAUGACGGAUGACAAUGGCUCUGAUACCUCACAGUUCACAGGAAGCACAAUCAACCUGCAGGACUUGGAGUAGCCCCCCCUCACCCAACAUGUUGCACACUACCUGCUCUGCAGCAGCGAUGGUCCUUCAUCACUGAGAACUGAAGCAACCCUGGGCUCGCCGAUGAAGGGACGAGUCGACUGGACCAGCUGGUUUCUAGAUGUUUGCUGCAGAACCAAAGCUGAGAGCAGUGUGGUGUCAGAAGCAUCCUGUGUGUUGUGUUGUGUGUUGGUGUGUGUGUUCCAUCGUGCCACUGUGUACGCUCCAGUUGCCUUACAGAUGCCUCACGCUGGGCUCGCCUUCACUGACUGGAGACAUCUGACUUAUUUUAUAAUUUUAUUUAUUAAUUCACGUGGCUUUAUAAUGGCUGAAUCAAACAAAUGGAUUAAAGAAUCAAGUGACACAGAUAUCUGUA